CGUCCGUCGUGGGGGCACGUCCUCGACAGCUUGGGCCUCGGCGCCCGGGGCACGGCCGCGGCGGGCCGGUCUCCUAGGUAACCCUAGAGGACCGAGUCACAGUCACCCUCCGACUGGCAGAAUGAAUGACUGGCUCAAGAUUUUUGACCAGAACGUGCUGGUCCCUCCCCACCCACAGAGAGCACGCCAGCCUUUGAAGGAAUCGACCGCCUUUCAGUGCGUCCUGAAGUGGCUUGAUGGGCCGCUAAUUAAGCAGGGGGAGCUGGAGGUGCUCUCGGACGUGGGCUGCUGUUUGCGCGUGUCCCUCUUCGACAUCACCUACCGACACUUUUUCGGGAGGACGUGGAAGACUGCUGUGAGGCCGGUGGAGCAGCCGUCCAGGAUCGUCUUCGAUGAGUCCUUGUAUUUUCACACAUCCUUGAACCACCCGAACAUCGUGGCUGUGGUCGAAGUGGUCACCGAGGGCAGGAGGCCGGACGACUCCCUCCAGGCUUUGUCUUGCGGGUUCGGAAUUCUUCGGAUCUUCGGCAACAAGCUGGAGUCUCCCACCUCCGCCUCCCAGGACAAGCGGUUGAAGCUGUACCACGGCAGCCCCCGAGCCCUCCUGCACCCACUUCUCCAGGACCCCGUGGAACAAAACAAGCACGUGACCCUAGUGGAGAACUGUAGCCUGCAGUACACGCUGAGGCCGCACCCGCUCCUGGAGUCUGUGUUCCAUCUCAUUCCCGAGAACCUUCUGGUGUCUGGUCUGCAGCACAUUCCUGGCCUCCUUCCGGCUCAUGGAGAGAAGGGGGACGCCCUCCGAAAGCCUCGCCUUCAGAAGUCUGUCACGUGGGACUUGGAUGAUUUGUUCUUCUCGCUCUAUCCUUCCCUGGAGAAGUUUGAGGAAGAGCUUCUGGAAUUCCUCAUCAGCGAUCACUUCGGGGAGAAGGGCAUUCCGCUGGACGGCGGCGGCGCGCUGGAGAUACUGGAGCGGCGCCUGCAUGUGGGUGUGCACAACGGCCUGGGCUUCGUGCAGAGGCCCCAGGUCGUGGUGCUGGUGCCCGAGAUGGACGUGGCCCUGACGCGCUCUGCCAGCUUCAGCAGGAAGGUCGGCUCCUCCUCAAAGGCCAGCUCUGGAAACCAGGCUCUGGUUUUGAGAAGCCACCUCCGACUCCCCGAGCUGGUCCGUCACCCUGCGUUCGCCGUCAUCUUCCAGCUGGAGUACGUGUUCAGCAGCCCUUCCGGAGUGGAUGGCAAGGCAACCUCAGUCACCUCGUUGUCCAGUGUGGCGUGCAUGCACAUGGUCCGCUGGGCCGUUUGGAACCCCUUGCCGGAAGCCGGCUCCGGGAAGGUGGUCCUGCCUCUGCAGGGUGGGAUCCGGCCCAACCCCUCCCACUGUCUCGUCUAUAAAGUACCCCCAGCCCGCAUGAGCUCCGAAGAGGUGAGGCAGGUGGAGUCCGGAACGGUCCAGUUCCAGUACUCGCUGAGCCCUGAGGGACGCCGGGACACAGCGCCAGGGCACGGCCACAGCCCGGAGGUGGAGCGACAGCCCUCCAGGAAGCCACCCACAUCCCCUGCAAGCCCACCAGCGCCGCCAGCCCCGGGGCACGCUGCCCCGCAGGACUCACCCAUGGGACCCGGGUUGUCUCUCUCCCAGCUGGCGGCUUCCCCACAGGUGGCCACCCGGUGCCGCUCGGCCACACCCUCGUCACCGCACCCCAACAGCGGCUCUGAGCCCUGCCCGGCCCAGGCGCAGGGGCUCCCCUUGGACAGCGGGAUCUCCCAUCUGGAAGCCGAGCUCAGCCAGGCGUCCAUGGUCCUGGGAGCAUCUGUCGCUGAACACUUGCAGGAGCUGCCCUUCACGCCGCUGCACGUCCCGAUCGUGGCCAGAGCCCAGGCCAGGAGCUCUGGAAGUAAGCUCUCGCGAGCCUCGAUGGUGCUCCUGCAGGCCUCUGGCUUUCCCGAGAUUCUGGACGCCAAUAAGCAACCAGCCGAGGCUGUAAAUCCCACAGAUCCCGUAGAAUUCAACCCUCAGAAGGAAGAAUCAGAUCGUCUACAAAGCAACGAAAUAGUACUGCAGUUUCUUGCCUUUAGCAGAGCUUCCCAGGACAGCGGGGCAGCGCCGUGGCCGCAGACCGUAUACUUCACCUUCCAGUUCUACCGCUUCCCGCCCGUGACGACGCCGCGGCUGCAGCUGGUCAGGCCGGACGACACGGGCAGGACGCACUGCGGGUCCCUGCUGUACCUCCUGGUCCCGGGUGACAGAGACGGUUCCUCCGAUGCCGGCUCCCCUGGCUUCCAGCUCAAGUUCCUGGUGGGGCCUGGACUCCUGAGGCCCGGAGAGCAGCGCUGGUUCACCCGCUACCUGGCCGCACAGCCCCUCCAGGUGGACGUCUGGGACGGAGACUCGCUGCUGCUCGUCGGAUCCGCCGCCGUCCACAUGAAGCAUCUCCUUCGCCAGGGGCGGCCGGCCGUGCAGGUCACGCACGAGCUCGAGGUUGUGGCAACUGAAUAUGAACAGGAUGUGGUGGUGAGUGGAGACGUGACCAGGUUUGGCAGCAUCAAGCCCAUUGGCGUCUACACGGUGGUGAAGGGCUGGCUGCACCUGACCCUGGCCAACAUAGGUCACGUGUGUGAGCAGAGAGUGAGGAGUUCCAGCACGUUGCCACCUUCCAGGUCACGGGUCAUCUCGAACGACAGAGCUGGCCACUUCGAGGGAGGCAGCCUGCUCACGCGUGGGGGGCCAAGACAAGUAAGAAAUGUGGUCCAGGCGCAGAAGCUGGCUGACGUGGAUUGUGAGCUGGCUGCCAUGCUGUUCGCGCCCUCGCACCACAGGAGCACGGGUCCCCAGGGCACCGGCCACGAGGGGGACGCCGUCCGCAGGCGCAAGCUGGAGCGGAUGAGGUCCGUGCGCCUCCAGGAGUCCCGAGGAGAGCCCUGCGGCCAGGGCGCCAGCUUGUUGGCCCAGCAGAGCAUCCGUUCACAGCACGCCCGCGACCUGCGGGUCAUCGCUGCUUAUCGGGAGCGCACGAAGGCGGAGAGCAUCACCAGUGCGCUGAGCCUGGCCAUCACCACCAGGCACACCAUCCACGUCACACUGGGCACCGCCGAGUUCUUCGAGUUUGCCCUUCAGAAUCCCCACAACGCGCAGCACACGGUGACCAUCGAGGUGGACAACCCCGAGCUGAGCAUCGUCUCGGACAGUCGGGAGUGGCGCUACUUCAAAGACGCGGCCAAGCUACACACGCCGGUGGAGGAGGACAUGUUCCGUCUGCGGGGCGGCCUCGCCCCACAGCUCUUCCUGCGCCCCCGGGAGACCGCCCACGUCCCCUUCAAAUACCAGACCUUCUCUGUGGGGCAGGCCCCUGCGGAGCUGAGGUCUGAGAAGGACACAGACCCCGGAUCGCCCCAGAAGUGCGGAGCACCGCCCACCAAGCACGCCAAGGUCCUGUUCCGGGGCGGCGGCGGCAAGCCCCUCGCGGUGCUCUGCCUGACCGUGGAGACGCAGCCCCACGUGGUGGACCAGGUCUUCCGCUUCUACCACCCGGAGCUCACCUUCCUGAAGAAGGCCAUCCGCCUGCCGCCCUGGCCCGCGCUUGCAGGCGCUCCCGUGGGAGGACUAGGCGAGGAACCCCAGGUCCAUGUCCGAUGUAGCGACCCGAACGUCAUUUGUGAGACCCAGAAUGUGGGCCCUGGGGAGCCGCGGGACGUGUUCCUGAAGGUGGCCAGCGGUCGAAGUCCGGAGACCAAAGACUUCUUUGUCCUCGUUUACAUGGACCGCUGGCUGGCCACCCCUGUCCAGAUUUGGCAGGUCUACCUCCACUCCCUACAGCGCGUGGACGUCUCCUGCGUCACAGGCCAGCGGACCCGCCUGUCCCUCGUCCUUCGGGGGACGCAGGCGGUUAGGAGAGUGCGAGCUUUCCCCUCGCACCCCCAGGAGCUGACAACUGAGCCCAGAGGUGUGUUCGUGCUGCCCCCUCACGGGGUGCUGGACCUGGACGUGGGCGUGAGGCCCCGGCGGCCGGGGGGCCGGUUCAUCCACCUCAACCUGGUCGACGUGGACUGCCACCAGCUGGUGGCCUCGUGGCUCGUGUGCCUCUCGUGCCGCCCGCCUCUCAUUUCCAAGGCCUUCGAGAUCACACUGGCCGCGGGCGAAGGCAAGGGGGCCAACAAGCGGGUCACCUACACCAACCCGUACCCCUCCCCACGGACCUACCGCCUGCUCAGCGACCACCCCGACCUGCUGCAGUUCAGGGAGGACUCCUUCCAGGUUGGGGGAGGAGAGACCUACACCAUUGGCCUGCGGUUUGCGCCUCGCCGGAGCCCCGGGGAGGAGGAGAUUCUGAUUUACAUCAACGACCACGAAGACAAGAACGAAGAAGCGUUCUGCGUGAAGGUCACCUACCAGUGAGGUGGCGGCUGCGGACGCCGGCACGGCCCUCCUGCCGCAGCACAGGGGCAGGCUCGCGUUCACCCUCCUCCCCCCGUGCCCGCCGGGGCCACUGGUGAGUGUGCCCGAGGGUGGCAGGGGCGCCACGCUCCCGACGGGCUCUCGUGCCAGCGCCAGCCCCACCAGCGUCCUCAGCGAGGGCACGGCGCCCAGAAGCGCGAGGCUCGUGUCUCUGCCACGCCCAGGAGACCGUCAGUGCUCAUGACGUUGGUUUGCUUUUUAGCAAAAUGUAUUUUAUGAAUCAUCUGAAAUGAUAAAAUUAUGUUUUCUUACUGGAUUUUGUACAAACGUGAUUUGCUAUGCAGUGUUUUAUAUUGGUGUUAUUACAUAUCUUUUUUUAAGUUAUGGUGAAAUACUAAACCUUCCCCGGUUUUCUCUA